CGCGAUAUGGACUGAAUGAAAAACGCAAUGACGCCCGGCACCGGCUUGACCCGCGGCGACUGACUGAAGGCAUGACCGGUGCAAACCACCGGGGUUAUUAAGAAGCAGAAUUAGGUUCUUAAUCUGCUGCUAUGUUAGACCUCAGUGCGGGGUGGAACCUGUCAUUCGCUGGUUGCGGGUUUUUAGGGAUCUACCACCUCGGUGUGUCCAGCUGCCUCCUGGAGCGCGCAGCUUUCCUUGUCCACCGAGCAAACAAGAUCUAUGGAGCGUCAGCUGGAGCUCUCAACGCAGCUGUGCUCACCAGCGGACUAUGCUUAGAGAAAUGUUGCGGAAAUGUGAUUGAGGUUGCUAAGGAGGCCCGAAAGGGCAACCUUGGCCCUCUGCAUCCCACAUUCAACCUGGUGAAAGUGAUACGCACUGGCCUGCAGAGAGACCUGCCUGAACACGUACACACGCUGGUCAGCGGCAAACUGUGUGUGUCUCUCACACGCGUCAGUGACGGCGAGAACGUGCUGGUCUCAGACUUCGGCUCCAAAGAUGAGCUUAUUCAGGCACUCAUCUGUAGCUGUUUCAUCCCAGUAUUUUGUGGUCUGUUCCCUCCUGCCUUCCGUGGAGUCAGGUAUGUUGAUGGUGGGAUGAGCAAUAAUCUGCCCCAGUCAGAGAUGAAAAACACCAUCUCCAUCUCACCAUUCUCCGGAGAAAGUGACAUCUGCCCCAAUGACAAUUCCACUAGCUUCCACGAGCUGCGAUUCACCAACACCAGCAUUCAGGUCACUUGGGGAAAUGCAUGCAGGCUCAGCAAAGUGUUUUUCCCUCCAGAGACUAAGGUAAUGGCAGAGCUGUGUCAGCAGGGGUAUAAAGAUGCACUACGAUUCCUUGAGGUCAACAAAUUGCUGCAAGCUCAAAGUCCAAAAGUGGAUAUGGCCCUGAUACGGGACACGCCCACCUGCUGCUGUGUCACUGAGUCAACACGGGACAGGAUGCUGAGAAAACUCCGUCUCCUAGGGGAUCACCACUGGUGGCUGGAUAAGCAGCUUGUCAAUUAUCUGCCCAUGCCAAUUAAGAAAGUGUUCUGCGAAGCGUGUAAAGAGAAGCAUGGCCUUAUGGCUCAGAUCUCCGGUCUGUUUCCGGUCCGUGUGGCUUCCUACAUGCUGAUGCCCUACACGCUGCCAGUAGAGUCAGUGUACUCAGCAGUCCAGAGGUUUGUGGAAUGGAUUCCAGAGGUGCCUGCUGAUGCAAGCUGGCUUUUUGAGAUGGCAGGAAGCGUUUAUAGACAAGCCUGGAAAGGAGAAUCCUCAAAUAGUGGUUUUCCAUUGCGGCGGUGUGUAAGCGGACCACCCUCACUGGACCUCCAGCCACGUGACAAGGAGCAAAACAGACACGCUGCUUAUUCUGCUGCUGAUCUGCGUGAAUAUCACUGGAAUUACUCAGAAAUCCCUGAGGGCCCUGAGAGUCCGUACACAUCUCCUGAACAGAUCAGCAUGUUUGUUGGCUCACAGGACAAUUCCGAGAGCUGAAUACAGCAAGACAUGGACACAAAUCUAAAAAAAACUUUUAGGAGUUUUUUAUUCCACUUUUUCUAUUCACCAUCUCUAACUGGAAACUCUGGUCUAAGCUGAAAAGUGCACUUUAAACUAAAGAACAUAAUGUCCUAUAAAAUAAUCAAGAAUGAUUAUCAGAAUGGUAUAAUUUUAGACAGAAAGACUUUUUUUUAUUACUCUUUAAAUUAUAAUGGCUGUGUCAUUUCUCCAUGCACCUCAAAAGAGAAAACAAGCAGCCGGUUUUAUCUCAAAACAACAGAAAUAAAAUGUUUGGUAUAAAGUGUUGUCCAAAUAAAUAAUUGAUUUCUGUGAAACCUGAUUAUGAAAAUGUGAGAAAAUAAAAAAGCAGAAAUUCAACCCCA